AACGUACGUUGCCAAACGGUUGAAAAACAUUGCACAGUGGGUCAUCGUAAGUUGAAGACAUUUUUUUACUGCUGUCAAACAAAAUGUCCGAUGUUAACCACAACAUCCAUUGGCGGGAACAAUUUUCCCAUCAACGUAAACAAAAAGAUAGCAAUGGGAAAAGUGUGCGGUUAACUGAGUUAGUAAUGUUCGCCAAGUUGCAGAUCUUUGUAGAAUAAUUUGCCUGCGUGCCUGAGAUCAAAGUGACAUAGACCGCUACGUAAAGAAAUGGGCAUUACCGGGUUGCUGCCGUUCCUGGAAAAGGCGAGCAGCGCUUGCCAUUUGCGCGAACUCCGCGGCAAGUGUGUAGCCAUAGAUACCUACUGCUGGCUUCAUCGCGGAGCGUUUGGUUGCGCAGAACGGUUGGCCCGUGGCGACUCGACUGAUAUGCACAUUCAGUACUGCCUGAAGUACGUGCAGCUGUUGCUUUCACACAAUAUCAAACCAAUCCUCGUUUUCGAUGGGCAGCAUCUGCCAGCGAAAGCUGCCACCGAGGCGAAGCGUCGCGAGAUCAGAGAAACUGCCCGCAAGCGUGGAGCGGAACUGUUGCGCUUGGGUCGUAUCGACGAAGCCCGCAGCUUCUUGAGACGAUGCGUCGAUAUCACCCACGAAAUGGCUCUUCAGCUGAUGCAGGAAUGUCGCAAACGCGGUGUCGAUUGUAUCGUAGCACCGUACGAAGCUGACGCGCAGCUGGCGUACCUCAACCGCACCGACAUCGCCCAGUACGUCAUCACGGAAGAUUCGGAUCUGGUGCUGUUCGGAUGCAAUCGUAUCCUGUUCAAGCUGGACUUGACGGGCCAUGGACGGUUGGUCGAGGCGAGCAAACUGCAUCUAGCGAUGGGAUGUCGGGAGGAUCGCUACAAGUUUGCUAAAUUUCGGUACAUGUGCAUCCUGUCGGGUUGCGAUUAUUUAGAUUCCUUGCCCGGCAUUGGUCUGGGGAAGGCGUGCAAGUUCAUGCUGAAAACGGAAGAUCCCGAUAUACGCAGGGCGUUGGCAAAGAUUCCGGCAUACCUGAACAUGAGGCAGCUGUCCGUGACGGAGGAGUAUAAGGACGAGUUCCUAAAGGCGGAUGCUACCUUCAAGCAUAUGGUGGUGUACGAUCCUGUGCAACGCCGCCAGACCAGACUGGUGGACCCGGACGACGAGGGUACUCCAGAGCAGUACUGUUGCAAUGCCGGCAAGUUUUUGGAUGAGAAAGUAGCAUUCCAGCUAGCGGUUGGGAAUUUGGAUCCUUUUUCGCUGCGCAAAAUGGACGAUUGGCAUCCAGAUGAAGCGGAUGUAGAUGUGGCGGCAGGCAAGAAUCAACAUCCUAGCAUCUGGCGGAAGGAUUACAUGUUGCUAAGGGACGCAAAGCAAGCACAAAACAGCACACAAACACAGAAACCAACCACAUUGCCGUCAUUCGUGAAGCGUGCAGUGCAUCACGUGGAGCACGCUGUUGACCAGAACACUAACGAAACGAUCACUGAUGUCUUGCAAAUUUACGGCAUUCAAAAUCCCGACGAACCACCCUCGAAACGAUCGUGCCAUGCGCAAAAGUCUUUUCAUCCCGCCGAAUCUCACGUUGCGAUUGACUAUCAAGAUGUGGAAGCGCUUGACGUGCUGGAACAAUUGGAGCAACCAAAAACGCCCAAACGCACCCGAAAUCCGUUUGCAGUCUCUCCCAACAAAUCGUUGCUGAGCCGCGAUACAUUGCUUUCGCCCACCAAAAUAACACCGGAAACACGAUCCCUGCUGCACAAUGUAAGCCCAGUCAAGCGGAUCGACUACUCUCAGCAACGCAGCCAGUUAGUAACGACAUCCAUAGUAGGCAGUGGCGCUACUUCCAGCCGAUUGAGUCGGUUUAAAACGGCCCACAGCAAGGGUGUAACUAUUUCUAAGGAUGAACCUAAAGUGAUCAGUAGAUUUUUCUGCACACAACAAAACAGAUCACAAAGCCGUACGACGGAUACAAGUAAAGGAAGCAAUAGUAUAGCUAAAACUUCCGAAGACGACAGUCCCAAGAAGAGCUGCACAAAGCAGGAUGUCGCCUGUUUACUCGUUUCUCCCACUGCCAUAGUGAAGGACAUCAAGAGCAAGCGAGAUUCGCAUGCCCUUAAAGCGACUGCUAUUUACCUCAGCUCACCGGAAGCGCGACUGCAGAGUCGAGGCGAUCGAACGCCAGAAAAGCGUAAACGGGUGCAAAUACCUACCGAGUCAGGGGAAAGCAGUAAUUCUGUGCUCGGUCGGUUUGACAGUGGAAUAGCAAUGAGCGAAAAUAACUCUAACGAGGACGAAGGUUCGCUAGAGUGUGAUAGCGGUACAGGAUUAAGCUCUUCCCAGAAGGAAAAUGAUGAUGUCGUAAUGCAUCCUGUUGAAAUGGAAUGUUCCGACCUCAAGCCGCGUAAUGCCCGUUUAGCGCUAUUCGAGAGGCGGCCAGCGAAGCAGCUGAGCCAGUCGCUGGAAAGUAAAGACAACAUUGAAGAGCUCGCCAUCGUGCUGGACGACGAUAGUAGUAGCGACGAAGACACUGAAAAGCGUACUGCUGAUGCCCAACAGGCGAUAUCGGCGGAAAAAGUCCACAGCCCUGUGAAGGCAACACACAAGACUGAAACAGUGAAACCGUUCCAGCUGCCAUCAUCGUCUACGGGGAAAGUAGAAGCUUCCACCAAGUCUAAGGCGCGUUCUUCAUGCAAACGGCCAGGACUGUCGAUAAAUAGGAAGCAAUCUGUUCCCAAAACGGACAAUACUAAUUUAGGUUUAACGCAAACUCGAUUGUCUAUGUUCGGGUUUCAGAAAAAGCCUUCGAUGCAGCUGAAUAAUCGGUAACACUGCCAUUGCCUACAAGCCCUGAGCAACGAUUGAAAAGCGCAAAGUGUGUGAUGCAUUUGGAAGCUUGUGAAUGAAAGAUUUUCUACAACAAUAGUUUUUUUUCCUGGACAAACACUAUGUAAGUGAAUUAUUUACCACUUGUUGAAAUAAUAUAAAUAUCAAUUCAUUUUAAUCGUUUUAUAAUCAUUCGUUGAUGACGUCACUAGUUUACAUUUAAUUGAAUGGUCGAGAAUAACUAUAUCUGGAACCUUUUUGAAUUUGCUUCAAUUACAAACGACAGGUUUGUUCUUGUUUCAAGCUGAAACAAUUUACCAAACGUUUUUAUUUAUUUUUGUUUCGAUACUACAUUGACGCAUCAGUUGCUGUUUAUAGCUCUUUUUUUAAUCUGUUUUGUAUCAUUUACAUUUACGCAACACCGAAUUCCAUUUCGUACACGUACAAUUCUUAGAUAGAACAAUCGAAUGCAAACUAUAGUUACGUGAAAGAAUUAAAAGUAAGAGUCAUGAUAUUGUGUUUUGCAUAGAUCUUGGACUAUUAUUAUAUGUUAGCGAUUCAUACAUUUUGCAAAUUCUUCCUUCUUCUACACUUAUUCGGAAUCACACGGCGCUCGGAUAGUCAGAGUCAGUUCUUCGGGGGAACGGGCCAUUCUAGACGUGAGCAAACAACGGGUAUGUUGUUGGGAUGUGCGAGUUGACGACUGUACCGCCCCACAUUCUGCAUAUUGUUACAUGUAAUAUUUCUUUUGUUUGUUUUUUUUUGUCACAUUCGGUUCAAUUUUGCUUAAUUGAAUGGUUCUACAUAUGGAAAAUCCUUCCGUGGUCUAACUAGUCUAGUUGACUCAGUGGCGGAUAAAGGGUAUCGGGGGCCCUAGGCGGAAAGACGAGUUGUCGCUAGUACUCUGUCCAUACGGCAUACUAUAGAAUGCCGAUCUACGGGGCCCCUAAAUCGGCGGGGCCCCAGGCGACCGCCUAGUCCGCUUACCGUUAGAUCCGCCACUGAGUUGACUUGUUGUAAGAUGCAGGUUGGCGCAGUUUUCUUCAAGAUGAUACGCUUACAAAAUUAGUUUAUUGCAUGUGUAUUUUGUAUUACACUUUCGUAGGGGAAUUCGCAAUGAUGGUUGAAAUGAAAAAGCAAGCAAAGCAGGUUUUGUCAAUGCGCUUUGCAUUUAAUUAGUUUUUCGCUGAAAAUUGAUUAUUUUCUACAUACUCUUGGGAUUGCCACGCGAUAUAAUGUUAAUUGUUCCAUGUUCUACUGCUAUAUCAGAAGUUGGAUGUGUAGUUCACUAUACACGAAAAGAAUGUACUGUAAUACUAUUUAAAAAUCUGUGCAAUAUAGGCUUAUUUAAUAGUUGAUUUUGUAUGAAGACAAUGUAAAAUAGAGAACUUUUUUUUGUUUUGCUUAAAUCAUAUAACCGUAUAUCCGCUGUCGUAGGUUUUGGACUGCCGGCCAGUAUGUGACGAUGAGAACGCACCCGAUAGUAAUGUACACGAAAUGUGUAAAAAACACUACAGCUUCGUAACCUCGGGCCUUACUGCCCAAAUGCACUAUUGCAGUAGAUCGUUGAGCCCGUUUAGUUGUCGCAGUUUAGGAGCAAUUAAGUAUGACUCGUACUUGGUUAAAAUAGUUAAAAAAGUGUUCGAUGCCCGACUAGCGUUCCUUAGCGGGGAGGCAGAAGGCUAUCCGUUAUGGCCUUAGUCUUUAAAAUGGGGCUUUAAAUAUUU